UACACCCGCGACGCGACGCUGAGCGGCUUCAUCAACUUCACCCUCGCUACGUCACCACAGAACUACAGCCGCACGCAGGCGGCCUGCAGGUCCACGCUGCCGCGGAUGUGUUGUUGUUGAUGUUGUUGUUGAUGUCGUCAUUUUUGUUGUUGUUGAUGUUGACGUUGUUGAUGUUGUUGUUAAUGUUGUCGAUGUUGUCGUCGUUGUUGUUGUUGAUGUUGUUGUUGUUGUUAAUGUUGUUGUUGCCCUGCAGGUAUUCAGGUCUCAGGAAUGCAGACGGUGAAUACCUCCCAGAAUACUUUCACCUUCUCGCCAUCCGGCUGACGUUUGUCAUUGUGUUUGAGCACGUGGUCUUCUCCAUCGGCCUGCUCAUCGACCUGCUGGUGCCGGAUGUCCCUGAGGAGGUUCUGAUGAAGAUGAAGAGGGAACACUACAUGGCCAAACAGGCUCUGGCAGAGAACCAGGUUCUGGGGAAGUCCCUGAUCCCCGGCGCAAGGGACGCCCGGUCUACAGCGCCGGCCUCCAGAGCGUCAGGCCGCCGCCCACAGAGCGUCAGGCCGCCGCCCACAGAGCGUCAGGCCACCGCCCACAGAGCAUCAGGCCGCCGCCCACAGAGCGUUAGGCCACCGCCCACAGAGCAUCAGGCCGCCGCCCACAGAGCGUCAGGCCACCGCCCACAGAGCGUCAGGCCACCGCCCAGCAGCCCCGACCCGACUCACCUCUGAUGCUCCCUUACGACACGACCUCAAGGGGCCCUGAACCUGGUCUACAGGGGCCCUGAACCUGGUCUAUAGGGGCCCUGAACCUGGUCUACAGGGGCCCUGAACCUGGUCUACAGGGACCCUGAACCUGGUCUACAGGGGCCCUGAACCUGGUCUACAGGGACCCUGAACCUGGUCUACAGGGGCCCUGAACCUGGUCUAUAGGGGCCCUGAACCUGGUCUACAGGGGCCCUGAACCUGGUCUACAGGGGCCCUGAACCUGGUCUACAGGGGCCCUGCACCUGGUCUAUAGGGUCCCUGAACCUGGUCUACAGGGGCCCUGAACCUGGUCUACAGGGGCCCUGAACCUGGUCUACAGGGGCCCUGAACUCUAAGACUCCCUAAGGCAGCA